AUGUUCUAUUGGCUUUUAUUUGUGCUCUUGUUCAUUUUUCAAUUAUCAGUGACGACGUCUCAAUUUCAUCUCUAUUAUACAGAUCAUGUAAGUAACAAUUCGUUGGAUCAUGACUGUUUGUUAUAUAAUGUACUUUCUACCAUUCAAUGUCAUAUAAAUUCUCAAGAAACAAAUCCUUAUCAAUAUCAAAUAAUUCCUUACUGUAUACGUCCAUAUAAUUUGUCAUCCAGUCAAUUGGUGAAUAACGAAAAAAGCGUCAUACAUGGAACACCAAUUAAAUUCGAAACAUUACAAAGAGAAAAUAUAACAAGUCAACAGUUAUAUUUAUUAUCUGCAUCUAUUGAUGUUGUUGAACGAUAUCAAGAAUUUCUCGAAAAGCCAAAUUCAUCUUUAUCAACACAAAUAUUUAACAAUUGUUCAAAACCAUGGUUCGGUGAAUAUUGUCAAUAUUCAUUUAAUUUGACAUGGUCUUUCAAUAGGAUUCUAUGGGCUUAUUUCAACUAUCUUAAACAAGAAAUAAAUAAUGCAUUCAAGAACGGAACAUGUUAUAUAUUCUUAGAAUGUAAUCGAGGCCCAUCACCAUCUUGUCUCGACUGGCGUGAAAUAUGCGAUGGAAAAAUCGAUUGUUUGGAUGUUGGUCAAGAUGAAAUUGGUUGUGACAUGUUACAUAUAAAUGAAUGCAAAGAAAAUGAAUUCAGUUGUAGCAAUGGAUUUUGCAUUCCAAAAGAAUUUUUCAAUGAUGAUUCUUUGAAUCCAGAUUGCAUCGAUCAUUCGGAUGAAAAGUAUCACCAUAUCGAAUAUACUACAUCACCAGAUUGUGAUUGUGUGACAGAUCCGACGUUCCGUUGUGAAGAAACAACAUGUCGAAAUGAACGUUUCCUAUCAUGUGGUGAUGGCCUAUGUACUAUGGAUAGAUGUCAUAGCGGUCGUGAGGUUCAAUUAAAGAAAGCAAAAUUAUCUCAAAAUGCAAAUUCUCAUUUAUCAUUUAAUUGUUGGAUAAGUUUGAUUUGUUUGACAAUUCCAAGUCGUAGUCGUAAAAAUCUCUUCAGUCAAGUGGAAUGUGAAGAGAAAAAUAAGAAUGAAAAUCUCUUUCGAGAAAGCUGUCCACCACUUUUCUUCUUUCCUAUUCAGCCAAUAAUGCUGAGUCACGUUCGCUUUGCCUAUGCAAAUGAUCUAACAAAUAAAUAUGAGUUCGAUAUUCUUUUACCUCAUUAUGUAUGUUACGAUCAAGAACUUUGCAAAUGGAUUCCAGCUACUAUAUUGAUUCAUGGCUUAACUUGUCGACGGCCUUCGGAAUUGGAUAUAGGUAAAACAUCGGUAAUGCAAGAUGAUAUUUUCGAGACUCUCAUAUUAAACUUUUUUCUCAAAUGUUCGACUACAACGAUCAAGUAUGUUAAGUGUCCAAAGUCAAAACCAUAUCGAUGUGCAAAUUCAUCAAAAUGCAUCGCUUUGAAUCGACUUCUUGAUGGUUUUCCCGAUUGUUUUCAAGGAGAUGACGAACAAAUCACGAAUAAUUGUUCAUUACCAGAUAUCGAUUAUCGCUUUCGAUGUUCCUCGGAAAAGAAAUGCGUACCUAUCACUAGUAUUAACACGCCUAAAUGGAUGUGUAUCGGUGGAGAAGAUGCGUCUAAAAUCGCAAUUGGUUCAAAUCCAAUGAAUUUUCAUCUGUCAUUCACAAUACUUUGCGAUGGUUUUAUCGACCAUAGCAGAAUCGAUGGGCUUAACUACACAGAUGAAACGGACUGUGACGACGAUUGGCCUUGUAAUAAUGCAUAUACACGAUGUGAUGGAAAAUGGAAUUGUCGCAAUGCAAUCGAUGAAGCUAACUGUCUUUAUAAUCCAUGUCGUCCAAAUGGACAUCCUUGUAUAUUACCAUUUAGUCACAAUUUUACUUGUUUAUCUCUCUCGCGAAUUAAUGACGGUCAUAUUGAUUGUGUAGGUGGUUAUGAUGAACAAGAUCGCUGUGGACCAAAGUCGAAACCAAUUAAAGGUAAAACUUAUCGUUGCUUCAACGAGACACAGUGCAUUUAUCGUCAUGAUGUAUGUGGUGCAAAUGUACCACAUUGUUCAUCGGGAGAUGACCAAGACCUAUGGUGUAAAAUGCUCCGAAAUUUUUCAUAUUCGAUAGAUUAUGACAAUAUUUUUCAACAGUUACGCGGUUUCGAUUAUUACUUGUAUUGGCAUCAACUGAUUGCAGGCCUAAAGAAAGAUUUUUUUGUCUAUUUUACAUUGAAAAAUCAUCUUCUCUAUCCGCCUCCUAUUGAGACAAUUACCAACGAGCAUAAUUCCAUUGCAGCAACAACUAUGGAAACUGUUCAUUUUAAUCCAUUGGAUUUCGAAUGGUUUUCGGAAUCGAUAAAUCAUGGUUUAAGUCCAAUUUGUAAUCGUGGAAUUCCUAUCUAUAUAAAUAAUUUCCCAGAAAACUCUUGUUUAUGUCCUCCAGCCUAUUUUGGAUAUCGAUGUGAAUAUCAAAAUCAACGAAUUAGUCUUACAUUAAAAUUUCGAACAACUGAAUUGCGAACAGUAUUCAAUUUUGUUAUCAUGCUUAUUGAUGAAAAUACAAACAUUCAUUCUUCAGAACAACUUGAUUUUGUAUACGUACGUGAUUGUCGGAAAAAAUUCAAUCUCUAUCUUCUCUAUUCGACACGACCAAAAAAUAUCAAUCGAACUUAUUAUGUACGUAUUGAUACAUAUAAUAAGGAAAAAAUGGAAUAUUAUGCUAGUAUGAUCUAUCCUAUUCAAUAUUCAUUCUUACCAGUACAUCGUCUUUCAUUACAAGUCAAUGUUCCGGUACCAGAAGUUAAAAUCAAAUCGAAAACUUGUCCUUUAAAAUGUGUGCAUGGACAAUGUAGACAUUUUUCCAAUUCUGAUCAAUACUUCUGUCAAUGUUCUAAGGGUUAUUCUGGAAUGUUAUGUACAAUAGAGAAUUCAUGUGAUUGUUCAUCAGAUUCGAUUUGUAUUGGAGUUGUAAACAAUCGAUCAAUAUGUGUUUGUCCUCUUGAUAAAUUUGGACCACGUUGUUAUCUGAAAAGAACAGCUUGCAUCUCGAAUCUGUGUUCUAAUAAUGGUCGAUGUAUUCCUGGCGGUGAGAAAAACCUUGAAAUAGAAUACUUUUGUCUUUGUUCUCAAGGUUACAUGGGUUCAAGAUGUGAACAUCUCGAAACAAAAAUCGAAUUUCAUUUUUCUAAAACUAUAUUCAUUCCACAAACGAUUUUCAUUCAUUUUGUCUAUAUUCCACCAACACCUGGCACACUUCUUAAACCGCUUCCUCCUGAUCCAACACAGAUAACUAUGAUGUCAAAAUUAAAGUUUCAUGAAAGUUCUACUGUUGUUUAUUAUGGAGGAUCAUUUCAUCUAAUAUUUGUAGAAUUUCAGCAACAGUAUUAUCUUGCUUUACUUCAACAUAAUUUUACAUUAGCAAUGAAUUUUUCAACGACAAUUAUUCCUGAACAUCGAUGUUUAUCAAUCGAAGACUUAUUCACUGAUGAUAUUCGAACCUUACCACGAUGGCAUCGUGUUAAAAAAUAUUAUAUUCCAUGUCAAAAACAUUCAAAUCUUACAUGUUUCUAUGACAAUGAUUAUUUUAUGUGUCUAUGUGAUAUUGAUCGAUAUCCAAAUUGUUUCAAAUUCGACUAUCCUUCUACUUAUAAUUGUUUAGGAUAUAAUUAUUGUGAAAAUAAUGGUCAAUGUUUUCAAGACAAUAAUACUUGUCCAACAUCAUCGGCAUGUUUAUGCAAAGAAUGUUAUUAUGGUAGUCGAUGUCAAUUUACUACAAUAGGAUUUGGCCUAUCACUCGAUGAUAUUCUUGGUUAUAAUAUUUGGCCAAAUAUGUCUUUCUCACGACAACCGACAGUAGUGAAAGUCACUACAGCUUUUACAAUACUGAUGUUCGUUAUUGCUAUUAUUAAUGGUGUUUUAUCUGUGAUCACUUUUCGAACGAAACGAUCACUUGGAAUAGGUUCCGGUGUACAUCUACUUGCCUCAUCAAUCACAUCACUUCUAACAAUGACAUUAUUUACUCUCAAAUUUUUCUUACUUGUCUUUUCUCAAAUGUCAAUAAUUACUAAUUAUUCUUUUCUUUUAUUACAUUGUAUAUGUACAGACAUACUUUUGAAAGCAUUUUUGGCAAUUGGAGAAUGGUUAAAUGCUUGUGUAAGUAUUGAACAAAUAUUUACCAUUCAGCUUGGAACAAAAUUCAAUAGAAUAAGUAGUAAAAAAGCUGCUAAAAGAGUGAUCUUCGGAUUAUAUCUGUUCAUCUUAGCAAGUUUUCUUCAUGAUCCUUUAAAUCGUUAUUUACUUGAAGACCCAGAAGAACAACGUACAUGGUGUAUAGUUCGUUACUCAUCAUCUAUAAGACGCUACGCUUCAUUUAUUAAUUUCUUUCAUUUUCUUCUACCUCUUUGUAUUAAUUUCAUCUGUGCUCUAUUCAUGAUUGUCUUAAUAGCUCGAAGAAAAUCGAAAACAAACCAAGAAGAAACAUAUAAAAAACAUUUAUCGAAACAAUUUCGUCGACACAAACAUCGAUUAUUAAGUUCUUUCAUUUUAGUCAUCAUUGCUAUACCACGUCUAAUCAUUUCACUUGUUUCUACGUGCAUGAAAUCAGCCCGAAAUCCUUGGCUAUAUCUCACUGCUUAUUUUAUUUCAUUCAUUCCACCAUUACUUUUAUUCAUACUCUUUGUUCUACCCUCUGAAUUCUAUAAAAAAGAGUUCAGUGAAGCUACUAUUCGUAUUAUAAGAACCAUUCGAAACCAAUUUCGCUGCGAAUAA